AACACGAACAAUCAGCACAACGUUACGGAUUACUCGUUUUCACCAGGAAACUGCACUGGUACCAAAUGACAACUGUUCUAUCGGUGACUGCCAUAUACUGAAGAAGACAUGCUGUGCCUGCGGGAGUCUGGGGACUGCCUGAGGGAGCAGAUGGAGUAUAUGAUGAGGUCCCUGCAGGAUCUAAAGCAGAUGAGGAGGACCUGUGUGGCCGCCAGUCACCCUUCCGCAGUGGCGCGAGCAUGCCAGCAGAGGGCGCUGCAGCGAGAGCGGCGGACACGCCUGCGGAUGUCGGACGCCAGUGAGUCCAGCACGUACGACUCGGCCUGCUGCCUGAGCAGCCCUGUGGAGGAGGAGGGGGAUGCGGGGGGAAGCCGGCUGGGGUUGGCAUCCCCCAGCAGCGAAAAGAGUCUGGAGUUUGACUCGGGGUACUCUGAGGCCUCCUGGCAGGACGAGGGGGUGGUGCUGCGUCGUACCAGGAACGUCCGGGUGUCCUCCAGCGCCUGCCUGCGCACCAACCGGGCCCCCAGCGGCCGGGUCCGCCCAAAAUCCACCUCGGACGCUUGCCUGGAGCGCUGGACCUCCUUCGAGGCCAGCGACCCCGAGGACUGGACCACGUCUCUGCUGACCCGUGGGCGGAACCGGCAGCCACUGGUGUUGGGAGACAACAGCUUCGCCGACCUCAUCGAGAACUGGAUGGACUUACCGGACUGCCCCGAUGCAGCCCCCAAGCUCAAGCCCAACCCAGGCCGCCGGCUUGCCAAGGACUUCCUGGUCAACAUGCGGCGGAAACUGGCGGGAAUGUCGAGGAACUCAGAGGGGCGGGGGAAGUCAGUGGACUCCUCUCAGGGCAAAAGGACUGCUGCAGCCCCCAAGCGCCUCUCCUGCCCUGUGGGCUUCCAGGCGCGGAUGCCCUUCUUUCACAAGUCCCACACAGGCCUGCACGAGCUGGGCACGGACUUCUACCAGUUCACCGCCCUCAUGAAGACAGGUAGCCGACAGCCAAUCAUUUGCAACGACAUCAUUGGGUACAUCUGAGUGCUGUCGUGGCAAUAGACUUUUUACUCACUCUCACAUGGACACCUCUUCCCAAAAUGUGACUUUCUUAUUAUUUUUAUUUGAGAAAUGUCUUGCCAAUAAUAACGUUGUAUU